AUGGCCUACUUCGCUUCGGCGCUCGCGUUCCUGGCGCUUCUACUAUGGAGUCGGAUCACCGCCGCUGACCCUCAGACUAACCUCCUCCUGAGAGCCUGCAGCUUAAUCAACGUGACCAACACCACCGCCUUCGCCGCCACUAUCAACCUCACCUUCUCCGACCUCCGCUUCACCAUCUCCUCUGCCGCUCCCGGCAGCUCCGCCACUCACUUCGCGACGGCGUGGGGCUACGCCCAGCCAUUCUACGCUCUCUUCCAGUGCCGCGGCUACCUCUCCACCGCCGACUGCCUCACUUGCUUCUCUGCAGCCGAGGUCUGUAUCCGCAUCUGCGGCCCCGCCAAUGGCGCCCGCGUUAUCUACGACGGGUGCUUCCUCCGCUACGAGAGCACCCCCUUCUUCCAAAGCAAGGGCCCGGGUAACGGCAACAACUGCGGUGAACGCAACUCGACGAGCGGGUUCUCCGCAUCGGUUCGGCCGCUGUUGGAGGAUUUGAAGGCCAACACGCCGAGGACGCGGGAGUUCUUCGCUGCGGUGGAGAGGGAGGGGGUGUUCGCGGUGGCGCAGUGCGUGGAGACAGUGAGCGAGGAAGGGUGCGAGCAGUGCCUGGCGACGGCGGUCGACCACGUGAUGCUGUGCCUGCCGAGCGCCGACGGGCGGGCGGUGGACGCCGGAUGUUUCAUGAGGUACUCCGACGAGUCCUUCUUCCCGGCCAAUCGAACGGUGGAUCUGUCGCCUUACUUGACGAAUUCAGCUCGGAAUGUGACGAUGGAACAUGGAAGAGCGAAAUCGAGCAAGAAGGGAGCCCUAAUUGGGGCAGUUGCUGGAGGAGUCGGCGGCCUGUUGCUUCUUCUGGGGGCUAUAUCUCUUCUGUGGAUCAGAAGAUCUAGAGAUCAACGAAAUCCUUCUGAAGGAGAUACAUUGGGGGAAUCCACAUUACAAGGGUCAGUAAAUUUCCAUUACAAGGAUCUAAAAACUGCUACAAAUAAUUUCAGUGAAAAAAAUAAAGUAGGAAAAGGAGGAUUCGGGGAUGUGUACAAGGGUCAACUUAAAAAUGGGAGAACGGUUGCUGUAAAGCGACUGAUAAUUACUCAAACCAGUAGAGCAAGAGCUGAUUUUCAAAGCGAAGUGAAACUCAUUAGAAAUAUUCAUCAUAGAAAUUUAGUUAAUCUGCUUGGAUAUUCUAGCAAAUGCGACAAUUUUCUUCUUGUCUAUGAGUAUAUGACAAAUGGCAGCCUUGACAAGUUCAUAUUCGGCAAUAGACGUGGGUUCCUCAACUGGAGGCAAAGAUUUGAUAUAAUUGUUGGGGUAGCUCGUGGUCUUGCUUACUUGCAUCAAGAAUUCCUUGUUCGUAUCAUACACCGGGAUAUAAAAUGCAGCAACAUUCUUCUCGAUAACAAUUUCCAGCCAAGGGUUGCAGAUUUUGGGCUGGCACGACUUCUCCCUGAGGACAAGAGUCACGUUAACACUAUAUUUGCUGGCACUUUUGGAUAUACAGCACCUGAGUAUGCAAUUCAUGGGCAGUUAUCUGAAAAGGUUGAUACAUAUAGCUAUGGCAUUGUUGUCCUUGAAAUAAUCAGCGGCCGGAAGUGCAACGACAUAAAACUCCAACCUGUUACUCAAUAUCUUCUUGAAUGGGCCUGGAAAUUAUACGAACGAGACUUGUUAUUGGAGAUGGUGGAUGAAACCUUGGAUGCUAGUGAUUAUACACCAGAAGAAGUUAAAAGGAUCAUUAAGAUUGCUCUUCUCUGCACCCAGUCUACGGUUGCUGCAAGGCCAACCAUGUCAGAGAUUGUAGUUCUGCUGGUGAACCAAACUGAUGAUGCUCUUCAUCCAACAAGACCUACCUUCAUAGAGGCCAGCAAUAGGGUUUAUGGAGAAGCAUCUUCAUCCCCUGCUGGCUCAACUUCGACUCCAGUUGCAGCUUCACAUGCAACUUUCUCGACGUUUCAAUUUUCUGCUCGUUGAUGUUCACAACGAAUAUAUCAUUCAGAACUACAUUGAUAAAGAUCCAUGGUGCGAGUCACAUCUGUAUAAAGUGUUUGAGCCUAAGAAUUGAAUUGGCACGAUUCUUGUGUAAUUGUCUUCUAGUUAUAAGAGCAGUUGUUUAAACUGACCA